GCGCUCGUGUUGCUAGCACACACCAUGGCCUGGUCUCACCUCCUCUCCCGCCUGAGUUUCUGGGCCGCCGUCCUCCCCGCUCUCAGCUUGGCUACAUCAUCGCUGCCUAACGUGGUCGACCUUGGAUAUGUGAAGUACCAGGGGAACCUCUCGUUCCCGAACACAGUCGCAUACUUGGGUGUCCCGUAUGCAGAGCCCCCGGUCGGCGAGCGCCGUUUCCGCGCGCCUCUCCCUCUGGACACAGCUCGCAUCGCACGCGAGGCCAAGGGCAAAAUCGUGACUGUGAACACCAACCCGGACUUCUGUGUCCAAGGAAGCACCGGAGCUGGCGAAGCCGGAGGCGCUGGUAGCGAAGAUUGCCUCAAGGUCAACGUAUACGCCCCCGCGGGUGCAAAGAGCGGGGAUAAAUUACCGGUUCUAGUCUACAUUCACGGUGGAGGAUACGUCUACGGCAACCCUGCAAACUGGCCAUUCGACGACUGGAUCAACCAGUCCCCCAAUGUGGUCAUCGUCUCGGUCUACUACCGCCUCGACUCUUUCGGGUUCCUGACUGUCCCCGAGCUGGCAAACAGCGCUCUCGGAGACCUCAAUGCCGGCUUCCAGGACCAGAUACAGGCGCUCAAAUGGGUGCAGCAGCACAUUAGCGCAUUUGGUGGCGACCCCAGCAAGGUCACCAUCAACGGCGAGAGCGCGGGGGGCUCAUCCAUAGAGCUGCACCUCGUUGCCCACGAAGGGCAGAAGCUUUUCUCGCAAGCGAUCGCUCAAAGCGUAUACCGCGCUCCGCUGUUCGAGCCGGAGCAGCUACGGCCGCUAUUUGACUUCUACACCGCCCAAGCUGGUUGUGGCACCGCUUCGGUGUCUGUCGCGUCCCGCUUGGCGUGUCUGCGAAAGGCCAGCGUGAGUGCCCUUGCGCGUGCUCAAGACGCGGCGAUGUACAACUUCACCGGCCUAGUCAAGGGUUUCCGUCCCGUGCUGGACGGCAAACUCUUGACCGAAGCUCCGACGGUGUCGCUCCUCGCCGGCCGCUUUGCGGACGUUCCGGUCAUAGUUGGCGCGACGUCGAACGAGACGCUCUCCGGCGGCACGAACAUCACCGCGGCGCUGAAGUCGUACUUCCCCGGGCUCACGGACGCGGACCUGACCGAGUACCUGCAGGAGUACCCGGCGUCCGAGUUCGACUCGGACUCGCAGCGCUUCACCGUCGCCACAGGGGACUCCGACGUCAGAUGUGGGAGGGAGAUCAUCGGGCUCGCGGCCGCGCGCAAGAACAAGGCGUACACCUACCGCUACAACCAGGCCGUGCCGACGUCGAACUCGACCACCGUCGCGCACGCCUCCGAGAACUGGAUGAUGUUCCGCGGGACGUCCACCGGGUUCAACGGCACGACGACGUUCCAGCCACAGCGUCCGAUCGACAAGGCGUUCGCGUCGGAACUGAUCGCGUACUGGCUCUCGUUCGUGCGCAGCGGGGACCCGAACGCGCACAAGCUCGCGCGCGCGCCGGUGUGGCCCGCGUACAGCGUCGAGAGCAAGCGGCGCAUCUCCCUGCAGGAGGGCGCGAGCACGGACGUCAGCGGGAGCACCGUCGAGGAGGAGCCGCAGCUGGAGACCAGCCAUUGUGCGUUCGUGGCGAGCAAGGCGCAGCACCAGCAGGCUUGAAGUGAGCAAUUUGGAGACAACGAAGUAGUGGUGGUGGCGGCGAAUGUUCCGUAAAACGGGCACGAGUGAGGUUUCUACAACUCCGCCCGAAUUGGUGUAUAGUACACGAUACCAGUAUCAUACAGUGAUACACAUAGGUUCCAAAUUCUGGUUAAGGGGGAACCGCAUCAUCAGGGGCGCGCAUACAUCGACCUAGCGAGCUCCUGCAAAAAGUGUGGAGCCUUGGUGUCUCUUCGGUAGGAAGAGGUCUUGGGAGGGCGAAUGGACGGGAUCAGUGCUGCAGUCUGCUAGAGACAGCGACGAGGGACCGGCGCCCGUCGAGCUGAUGCGCCCCGAGUCGAUCCCAAACCGCGCAGGACGGGCAGAGAACACGUUGAUGUGGCGUUACAGCGAGCGUCGGUGGUGGAUGGUAUGUCUUCAAACGGAACGACACCGUUCAGCCCGACGCGCCACGUCCACGACCACGACCGCGCCCUCUGCCGCGACCUCUGCCUCCUCCACCACCACUGCCACCACCCUCCGUCGUCUCGGCCGCAGAUGCAGCAGAUGUCUGGGCACCAUCUCCCCCGCUCUGACCUUGCGGUGCCCUCGCGAGGAUCUUCGGCGGCGGCGGCCCACCCUGUGCGUCGCGCUGUAGAAUGGUCGGGGCCGCGGGAGCGCCACGGCCAGGUCGCUUGUCCUUCCCUCCAGCUUUCCCGGAGUGACCACCAGUCGCGGUGGUUGCGCCACCAUCGGCGGCACGGUCGACGUCCUUUCCUUUGUCCUUCUCUCGUUCGUGCUCCCGCCGCGCCUUACGCUCGCCAGCGCUGACGGGCGCGCCCGCUCCGCUCAUCGCGGCCUCGAACUGGCGCGAAGCGAUGCCCAGCACCGGCCGCGAACGGCGCGCGGGGGGCUGUCCAGACGUGCCAGACGCGUCCGCGUUGCCAGUCGCAGGCGCCGAAGAUCCCGAAGCAGACGGCACGGCCGCGGCGGGGGACGCCGCGACAGACGGAGCCUUGCGCUCGCGAGGUGCCUUCGGCGUCUUCGGAGGCCCAGCGGGCUGCUUCACUCCCUGAGCGGGAGGUGCACCAGCCUUGGUGUCCUUGGCUGGGCCGCCCUGUUGUGCGGCCUUUGCGGCGGCGGCAGCCUUCUUGCCUCCCUUCUUGCUCGGGCCAGCGGAGCCCUCUGCGGCGGCCUUCUCCUUUCCGCCGGCGAAGGCUGCGCCCUUCUUCUUGCUGUCUGCGUGCUUCGAGCCUGAUGCAAGCGAUGCGAGCGCGGCGGGGUCCUUGUAGUGUGCGUGGUUGCGCAGGAUCGCCUCUUUGUCCUUCUGCGCGGACUUCUCGGCUUUGAGUGCUUCGAGGAGCGGGGUUGUGGUGGGCGGUGGCGCAGGUUGAGUCGAAGCAACUAGCGUCUCGAAUGUAUCGGCGUCCGAGGGCUUGGUGGAUGCGUCCUUGAGAGACUGGAGGAACGAGAUGUAGUCCUCCUCUUUCUCUAUCGUCCCCGCCCGCGCGUCCUUCUUCUUAUCCAACGGCACCUUCUGAAACGGCGCAAACUCCACGAUCGCCACAGACUCGUUUCCAGCCUUGUCCCUAAAGACGUGCCCGUCAUACUCCCGACUGAACGCCGCAAGCACGGCUUCGUUCUUGAACGCGAUGUACGCACGCGAGGGGAUGUUCUCCUUGUUGAGCUUCGUCUUGAACUUGCCCGGGUAGUACACCUUCCAGGAGACGGUCUCGUCCGAGACCCAGGGCGCGACGCUCUGCCAGAAGAUGUCCUCGGGGAGGUUGGGGGGCAAGCGGCGCACGACCGUCUUGAGGCGUUCGGCCUGUGACUUCUGGCCGCCGCCGCCACCUCCCCCGGAGGCCUUGGGCUUCUUCUCCUUGUCCUUUUCCUUGUUCUUCGCCUUUCCUACAGGUUUCGGCGCAUCGGUGGUAGACAUCGCGUAUAGAUGGUCGUGGUAGUCUG